AGUGCGUAUUCGACGUGCGCAUGGAAGGAAGCGCUGUGGGCUGCAUACCAUAUAUGACUAACAGAAUGAUAUCGGACAACCACAAUCUAACGUUGCAUUUGUGAAGAUAUCAAAGCAUUCGAAUAAAAUAUUUUAGCGUCAACUAAUAGACCAAAGAGCGGUUAUGAUGUGUAACAGGAGUCACGGUACCCAGCUAUACCUGGAGGUGCCGUCGUCAUGUCUGCCUAUCGUCUACUCUCCAGUAUACAACAUCACCUUCAUGGGCCUUGAGAAACUACACCCCUUCGACAGUGGGAAGUGGGGGAAAGUCAUCCACUUCCUAAAAGAGGAGAAGUUGAUCAGUGAUGGGAGCAUCGUUGAGGCACGGGAGGCUACAGAGGAAGACCUGCUGGUGGUUCACACAAAACGCUACCUCAACAGACUCAAGUGGUCCCUGGUUGUAGCGACCAUCACAGAGAUCCCUCCCCUUCUAUGCCUACCUAACUUCCUGGUUCAGAGACGGGUCCUGAGACCACUCAGAACGCAGACCGGAGGCACCAUCAUGGCAGGGAAACUGGCUGUAGACCGAGGCUGGGCCAUCAAUGUAGGUGGAGGUUUCCAUCAUUGCUCCAGUGACAAAGGAGGAGGAUUCUGUGCCUAUGCCGACAUCACUUUAGCUAUCAAGUUUCUGUUUGAGAGGGUGGAGGGAAUCUCCAGAGCCACCAUCAUAGAUCUGGAUGCACACCAGGGGAACGGUCAUGAGCGUGACUUCCUGGAUGACAGACGUGUUUUCAUCAUGGACGUCUACAACCGAUACAUCUACCCUGGAGACGGAUACGCAAAGAGAGCCAUAAAGCGUAAGGUGGAACUGGACUGGGGGACAGAGGAUGAUGAGUACCUCCAGAAGGUAGAGCUCCACUCGGAGGGUGCUCUCAAUGAGGUCCGGCCUGACAUCAUAGUAUACAACGCCGGUACAGACAUCCUAGACGGAGACCCCCUGGGAGGGCUGGCUAUCUCACCACAGGGCAUCAUAAAGAGGGAUGAAAUAGUGUUCCGGGCAGCACGAAGGAGAGGGAUUCCCAUCCUGAUGGUGACAUCUGGUGGAUACCAGAAGAAGACUGCUCGCAUCAUCGCUGACUCCAUCAUCAACCUGCGACGCCAGGGCCUAAUUGGAGGGAAUGAGGAUGGGGAGGUGGCAGAGGAGUGUGUGGGCGGAGUCCCCCUCGUGAUGAGCAGCUCUGACUCCUCCCCUUCCUCUGUGUCGACAGGACCAGCCCCCAACACCAUUUGACUAGAACUGAACAUGAGUUGGAUCUUAGGGUCCAGAGCUUCUCCUGGAACCGUAGGACACUAGAGGAAAAAUGUUAUGCUCGGGAAUAGAGUGACUUUUCAGACUUCCCCACGAUCUUACUGAUGCCCAAGGUGACUGUGGCAGGGGUCAGUAAUGGUACAAGGUUGGCCGGGUAGCCUAGUGGUUAAGAGUGUUUGGCCAGUAAUUUGAAUCCCUGAGCCAGCUAGGUGAAAAUCUACCGAUGUGCCCUUGAGCAAAGUACUUAACACUAGUUGCUCCUGUAAGUCUAUGGAUAACAGUGUCUGCUAAAUUACUAAAAUGUAAAUGUCUGAGACAUUCUGUAGUGGUUCGGGGUUGGACUGAGACAUUCUGUAGUGGUACAGGGUUGGACUGAGAUUCUGUAGUAGUUCGGGGUUGGUCUGAGACAUUCUGUAGUGGUUCAGGGUUGGUCUGAGACAUUCUGUAGUGGUACAGGGUUGGUCUGAGACAUUCUGUAGUGGUACGGGGUUGGUCUGAGACAUUCUGUAGUGGUUCGGGGUUGGUCUGAGACAUUCUGUAGUGGUUCGGGGUUGGUCUGAGACAUUCUGUAGUGGUACGGGGUUGGUCUGAGACAUUCUCGGACAAAACAGAGAUGCUUGUUCUAGGUCCCAAGAAACAAAGAGAUCUUCUGCUGAAUCUGACAAUUAAUCUUAAUGGUUGUACAAGUCGUCUCAAAUAAAACUGUGAAGGACCUCGGCGU